GUCCCAUUUCCUUAACGAAAAACAGUGCUCUGAGCCUGCCCUGCCAAAAGGAUGGAUUAAUUGGAGUGGUCAUAAACCCCAAUGAAGUAUUUUGUUCUGUUCCGGGGAGGCUUUCCCUCCUGAGCUCCACGUCGAAAUACAAAGUGACGGUAGCAGAGGUGCAGAGACGGCUCUCGCCCCCUGAGUGUCUCAAUGCCUCCUUGCUAGGAGGAGUACUCAGAAGAGCCAAAUCUAAAAAUGGUGGCAGAUCAUUAAGGGAAAAACUGGAUAAAAUUGGCUUGAAUCUUCCCGCUGGUAGAAGGAAAGCUGCAAAUGUGACACUAUUGACAUCUUUGGUGGAAGGUGAAGCUGUACAUCUUGCCCGUGACUUUGGUUAUGUUUGUGAGACAGAGUUUCCUUCCAAAGCAGUGGCUGAAUAUUUAACUAGACCACACAUGGGCCGCAAUGAAAUGGCAAACAGGAAGAAUAUGCUUCUUGCUGCAAAGCAGAUUUGUAAGGAAUUCACAGACCUCCUCACUCAGGACAGAACUCCUCUUGGAAACACGAGGCCUAGUCCCAUCUUGGACCCUGGCAUCCAGGGCUGUUUGACUCAUUUUAGCCUGAUCACACAUGGCUUUGGGAGUGCUGCCAUCUGCGCUGCCAUGACAUCCGUCCAGAACUACCUAAACGAAGCAUUAAAAAUAGCAGACAAAACAUACAUGAACGCUGGCGACCAGAGCCCUGCAGAAACCAACAAAACCAUUGAUAAAAUGGAUAAGCACAGGAAGUGA